GAAACUUUCCCUCUUCCCUGGAGCGAGAGAGCUUCGCUCUGCUAUAGGAACAGAGGAGCACGACUUAGCUACUUGUUUUCUCUAAGAUUGUUGAACUUUCUCGGAAAGCUUUAGCAACAGGGGAGAAACAGAGAACAAUCUCUUGUGCUCCAAGCAAUCUUGUUUUCUCCAAAACUAGAGACAUGAUGGAGAAAGACGAGUCAUUUGUGUACAACGAGGUGGAGGAAGAGCAGAGUCCCCAAAGCAACCAGACGUGGCCGAUGGAUAUGAUCAGGCAGAGACGUUUUCAACACAAAAUGUCAUCUCUUUUGAGUCCCGUGACUCCUAAGAGGAACCAUAGCCUUAGCAACGCCAAGUCUCUCCUCAAGAAGUACUCAAAGUCUGAUCCAAUCCCUCGUAAGCAGCGCUUUCCUGUUUCAUGCUCGGAUGAGGGAGUCUUGAUGGAUGGUGUUCUGGUCACAUCAGCCUCCGAAAAGAAAGUUUCGGAUUCGCCUUCUAGAUUGAGCUCCCUUGGACGAUCUCCACGUUCUUCACUCGUCCGGAGUCAACAUAAGAAUAGCAGCCCUAGGAGCCUAUCAGGAGGAAACAAGGAUACCACUCGGUCUCAUACUUCUUCAGGUGGGAAAGUGAAGAUCUUGGCAAAUAGUCCUUGUACUAAACUUGAGACACCAAAGGCUACUAGUUCUUCAAAUCUGAAUGCCACUGCCGAACCAUUCACCUUCUCACCGAGACCUUUACAAGGACUAGCUUCUCCCUUCCCAGUCCGGCAACUUCCAUUUGACCAUGGUCCACUCAUUCAAUGGGUUAAUCCGCCUCCGCACCAGCAGCUGCGUCCGAGCAAUAGUCAUUUAUACCAGCCUCCGAGCUACGCUUAUCCGAGAUCACUACAAGUUCAUGACCUCUAUCCCACACAUCACCCAUUCAGGUCUCCUAGACCCAUUGGCUACCAAAUGGGUUAUGACCCCAGAAUCAUCUCACUACUUCCCACAACACCUCUCGCUACAAACACCAGCAAGCCACCUGUUCAUACUCCCAUAUCUACUACCUCUUCAGCCAAUCUCAGCACCGGUAAUACCACCCAUGACUCAAGACUAGACUCUUCACUUUCUGUUGAUGGAGGACUCGAAACAGUGACACAAAAACAAGACUUGUCGUCACCUUCUGGUGAGCUUGAAACAGUGACACAGAAACAAGGCUUGUUGUCACCUUCGGAUGAGCUUGUCACGAUGGCUGCUGCUGAGCUCAAAACAUCAACGCACAAACCAGACUAUUCACCUUCUGCUGGACUUGGACUUGAAACUGUGACGACAGAUAAAGACUGGUCACCUUCUGAUGAUGGACUCCCAAGAUUCACACAAGCUCACACUGAUUUUAUGAAAUCACAGGACAGCAGAGUUCUCCCGGAUGACGCUUUCCAGCAUUACAUAUAUAGAAAGAGACUGCCAAUAUUCACUCAGCUUUGCUCGGAUGACGCAGAAGGGUGUGAUGACACCACCCAUUAG